GCAUUGCUACCUCAACGUCAACUGUGUAAAUUUCUUCCAUCAAACUGUCACAUAUGGCAACGCUGUUCCCGAUGUUUCCUAAUCAACAUGGAGUUGCAUUAUGGCGCGGUCUUUUAGUUAUUUGCUAUCCAUAGCGAAACGUUGGAUAACUUGGUCGUGGACAUAUUUGUGGUUACUCUGGCUUAUGCUCGUAGUUUUCCUUAUUUACGUUUUACGCGGUCCGCUGAAAAUUAACGAGAAUUUAAACAUGGCUUCUAUGUUCUUGAACACUCUGACUCCUAAAUUUUAUGUUGCUCUGACAGGAACAUCGUCCUUGAUAUCUGGACUCAUAUUGAUAUUUGAGUGGUGGUAUUUUAGAAAAUAUGGCACUUCAUUUAUUGAACAAGUGUCUCUGAAUCAUAUUUCUCCUUGGCUGGGUGGAGGAGAUAAUAAUGGAGAAACUACUUCAAAUGGUUCAUCAAGUAAUGAAGGCAAUGGAAAUGGUAAUUGUGGGAACUCUAACAACAAUCAACAAGCAGGUCCUGAAUGCAAGGUAUGGCGAAACCCUCUCAGUUUGUUUAGAGGAUCUGAGUAUAACAGAUUCCUGUGGACGACAAACAAAGAACCUUUAACAUAUUAUGAUAUGAAUUUAUCUGCUCAAGAUCAUCAGACUUUCUUCACUUGUGAAGCUGAUGCUAAUAAACCUGAAUAUGAAAUUAUGCAAACUGCUUGGAGGGAACGAGAUCCUGAAGCAAGAGUCAAAGCUGCCCAUCAAGCGUUGGAGAAAAAUGCAGAAUGUGCUCCUGCUUAUAUUCUUCUUGCUGAAGAAGAAUCUUCAACUAUCUUAGAAUCAGAAAAGCUUUUUCGUCAGGCUUUAAAGGUAGCUGAAGUUAACUACAGGAAAAGUCAACAAGUACAGCAUCAAGGUCCUACACAGGAAUCACUGCAUAGACGAGAUACAAAUGUUCUAGUGUAUAUUAGGCGGAGGCUUGCUAUGUGUGCCAGAAAGCUUGGAAAAUUAAGAGAAUCGGUGAAAAUUAUGAGAGAUUUGAUAAAAGAAUUCCCAAUGAUGAAUGUAUUCAAUAUUCAAGAAAAUUUAAUAGAAGCUCUGUUAGAAAUGCAAGCCUAUGCUGAUGUUCAAGCAGUUCUUGCCAAAUAUGAUGAUAUUAAUUUACCAAAGUCUGCUACAAUAUGUUAUACUGCUGCUCUUUUAAAAGCUAGGGGUGUCAGUGACAAAUUUUCACCUGAUGUAGCAUCUAAACGUGGUCUGAGCACAGCAGAAAUGAAUGCUGUAGAAGCAAUUCAUCGAGCAGUUGAAUUCAACCCACAUGUGCCAAAAUAUCUUUUAGAAAUGAAAAGUCUUAUAUUUCCACCUGAACAUAUUUUAAAAAGAGGUGAUAGCGAAGCAAUUGCCUAUGCAUUCUUUCAUUUGCCACAUUGGAAGAGGGUUGAAGGAGCUUUAAAUUUAUUACACUGCACAUGGGAAGGAACAUUUAGAAUGAUUCCAUAUCCCUUAGAAAAAGGACAUCUUUUUUAUCCCUAUCCAACUUGUACAGAAACUACAGAUAGGGAACUUUUACCUUCAUUUCAUGAGGUCUCAGUAUAUCCAAAAAAGGAACUGCCAUUUUUUAUCCUUUUCACUGCAGGGUUGUGCUCUUUUACAGCCUUAUUGGCACUGCUCACGCAUCAGUAUCCAGAGCCAAUGGGGACUUUUGCAAAGAAUUUACCCGGUAGGGAGCAGAGCAUUAAUGCAAUCAGUUGGUUAUCCCUUCCGCUGGGUUACUUACUGGAAAAAGUAGAAGCAAUGUUGCCAUCAAGUCUUUUACAUCAGUUAUCUCGUAUUUAAGACAUGUUUCUGUGUGAAACCAUUUCAUCAUUCAUUUUUUGUUGGACAAAGCUUUCUGAUCAUGCAUAAAUUAAAAACAUUUGAAUUCAA